AAAAUAUCUCGUAGCUCUUGGUGAUGGCACACUUGAAUACAUUUCAGGCGUUGAGAAACGACGUUCAGAAUCAUCAGUCGAUUCUUCCGUCACUCAAAUGAUUGCAGAAAACCCACUCAGUAAAUACAAAUUGGAUUAUAAUCAAUUUAGACAUUUUCAAAGGAAUAAUCGAGCGCAUGGAAAUUUUGCCGAAAAUGUUCCCUUGUCAUUACUUUUAUUAUUUUUUAUUGAAGUAAAUAAUUAUAUUUCACCAUUCUGGUUACAUGUAGCUUGUGGUAAUUUGUUGUUGGGACGAAUAAUUCAUGGGGAUUUGGCUUUUAACCUUUUUGCAAAUCAUCUUGCCGUCAACAAAUGGAGACCUAUUGGCGUUUCUAUAAAUUUAAUUGUUUUAACCUUUGCUGCUUUAGUUAAUGGUUACAAUUUUUUAUCAUCUUAA